UUUGAGGAGCGAUUUCGAGCAUUCAGCUACGCCUCCGGGCCUGCGGCUGCGAUGGAGGGAGCUGCAGUACGCCUGUUGCGCGGCCGCGCGCUGCUAAGAAGAAACUUCCCAACUUGUCUGUCCUCUUGGAAAACUCCUCCUCGUGUCCUACAAUCUUCCCAGUCAGAAGCUCUACUCAGUAUAACAAACGAUGGGCUCCCCUGCGCCCCCCUGCAGACAUUUACAGAUGAGGAGAUGAUGAUAAAAAGCACAGUUAAAAAAUUUGCCCAGGAACAAGUUGCUCCUUUGGUUUCAACAAUGGAUGAAAAUUCAAAAAUGGAUCCAUCACUAAUACAAGGACUAUUUCAACAGGGGUUGAUGGCUAUUGACCUUGAAACAAAAUAUGGAGGAACAGGAGCUUCAUUUUUUUCCUCUGUCCUAGUGAUAGAGGAAUUAGCCAAAGUUGAUGCAUCUGUGGCUUUGAUAUGUGACAUCCAGAACACAGUAAUUAAUGAGCUGUUUAGAAAACAUGGAACAGAAGAACAAAAGGCUACCUAUUUGACCAAACUAGCUACAGAAAAAAUAGGAAGUUUCUGCCUUUCAGAGGCUGGAGCAGGUAGCGAUCCAUUUGCUUUGAAGACCAGAGCUGAUAAAAAGGGAAAUUAUUAUGUCAUCAAUGGGUCAAAGAUGUGGAUUACCAGGUAUGCAGAACUCUUCCUGGUGAUGGCUAAUGUAGAUCCCACCAUGGGGUAUAAAGGAAUCACCUGCUUCAUAGUAGAUCGCAAUACUGAAGGCCUGCACAUAGGGAAAGCAGAAAACAAAAUGGGGAUCAGAGCUUCUUCCACGUGCCCAUUAACAUUUGAAAAUGUCAAGGUUCCGGAAACCAAUAUCUUGGGACACGUUGGACAUGGCUAUAAGUACGCUAUAGGGAGCCUUAAUAAAGGAAGAAUAGGAAUUGCUGCACAGAUGCUGGGAGUGGCUCAAGGAUGUUUUGACUACACUAUUCCACAUCUUAAAGAAAGGAUGCAAUUUGGCAAAAGAAUAUUUGACUUCCAAGGUCUUCAACACCAAGUGUCUCAGGUGGCCAUCCAGCUGGAAGCUACACGAUUGCUAACAUACAACGCUGCUAGGCUUUUAGAAGCCGGCAGGCCAUUCAUAAAAGAAGCAUCUAUGGCCAAAUACUAUGCAUCAGAGGUUGCAGGACUAACAACUAGUAAGUGUAUUGAGUGGAUGGGAGGCGUAGGCUACACCAAAGAUUACCCUGUGGAAAAAUACUUCCGAGAUGCAAAGAUUGGUACCAUCUAUGAAGGAACUUCAAAUAUCCAGCUGAACACCAUUGCAAAGCACAUCAGUGCAGAAUACUGACAUCCUCAGGAGUGGGGCCCCUCCCUGAUGUCACUGAUGUACAAUUUCAAACUAUUGUGCCUUUGGGGGCCAGUUAAACACCACAGCACUGAAGGAAUUUAAGUCCUUAGUUCUGGAUCUUGGGAUAGACCUUUUCUAUUUUAUCUUUCCAGUCAGCUCAGCUUAGGCACAGGAAAUCAUUUUUAAAAUUUGAGAAAAAAUGCAUCCAUGUUUUCUCAAACUCUUUUUCUAAAAUUCUAUAUUAUUCUAGCUUCAGGGUAUAUAGGGGUUUCACUCUAUCAGAAUUUGGAAAAAUAGGGGCGGGCCUGGUGGCUCAGGUGGUUGGAGCUCCAUGCUUCUAACGCCGAGGUCACCAGUUCGAUUCCCACAUGGGCCAGUGAGCUGUGCCCUCUACGGCCAAGAUUGGGAACAACAGCUCUCCCUGGAGCUGGGCUGCCGUGGACUGCUGAGUGCUGCAGAGGGCUACUGGUGUGCCGCCAUGAGCAGCCAUGAGCAGCCGGCAGCCAGCGUGAGGGGCCGGCACGAGCUGCGGUGAGCGGCCGACUGACGACUGGUGACCGAGAGCCUCAGCCAGAGGGAGCGCAAGGCUCAUAAUACCAGCAUGGGCCAGGGAGCUGUGUCCUACACAACUGGACUGAGAAGCAACGGCUUGAACCAGAGGGGGCGGAGGGAGGUGGAAGAAGG